AACUGGUGCGGAAUCGUGAAUAUGGCCACCGGUGUUUGAGCUUCUCGUGUAAUUUCUUGAACGAGCAGAACAUUUAAUCUUAAACCGACAGACAAGACAGCCAAUGAAAUAUAACACUUACUCGUUUCGGACGAUAGCAAGUGUGUAAGCAAGUGAUCUAGGAAGGAGUCAUGGCUAGUCCAAGGACCAGGCGCGUGCUGAAGGAAGUGAGAACAAACGAUGGCAACAAUAUUUGCUUUGAGUGUGGUGCAUUCAAUCCGCAAUGGGUGAGUGUGACCUAUGGAAUAUGGAUCUGUCUGGAAUGCUCCGGGAAGCACCGCGGCCUUGGAGUGCAUCUCAGCUUUGUGCGCUCGGUGUCCAUGGAUAAAUGGAAGGACGUGGAGCUGGAGAAGAUGAAGGCGGGCGGCAACGAGAAGUUCCGCCUUUUCCUGGAGCUGCAGGACGACUACGACCCCAACUGGAACAUGCAGGAGAAGUACAACAGCAAGGCUGCAGCCCUCUUCAGGGAUAAGGUUAUCACUGAGGCCGAUGGGAAGGAGUGGUCCCUAGAGAACAGCUCUGCCAAAGACUGGACACCACCUCAGAACAAGACAGGCCUCUCCUCCUCACACCGCUCCGGUGGCCCGGGCCAGUCUUCUGGCCAGCCUUCAGACAAGGCAUUUGAGGACUGGCUGAGCGACGACGUCAACUCCUACCAGAGUGGAGGUGGUUAUGGUGGGCAGGAGAACCGCUACGUGGGCUUUGGCAACACGGUCAAUCCCCCCAAGAAGGACGAGGACACAUGGAACAAUGCUAUGUCCUCACUUUACACGGGCUGGAGCAGUUUCACUGUCGGGGCAAGCAAGUUUGCAUCUGUUGCUAAGGACAAUACGGUGAAACUUGCCAACCAAGCAACUCUGAAGGCCUCAGAGUUAGGACAGACAUUAAAUGAGAAUGUUAUCAAACCGACCCAAGAAAAGGUAAAAGAAGGAAAGUUGCUCGACGAAAUGGCUGUGAGCCUCUCUGGUUUUGCCUCAAAGGUCCAGGGGGCAGGUGCGAAAGGCUGGAAGGACAUGAACCAGUUCUUCAGCGGCGAACCAAAGGAUGGUGACGGCGAGGGCUACCAGAACAUGGAUGGCUACCAGAGCGGCGGCGGAGGCGUUGGCGGGGCCGAGAACGAGGGCUGGGAGACCUUCGGCAGCGACUCCAACAAGCCCAAGAAGUCACCCAGCAGCGACAGCUGGACCAACGUGGACAACUCGGCCGGCAAGAAGAGCUCCGACAGCUGGGACAACUGGGGCUCGGAGGGCCAGUCCAACAACAAGCACAGCACCGGGGACAGCUGGGAGACCUGGGACACCAACUGGGAAAAUAACGCCGGAGGAGGAGGAGGAGAGGGUGGGAAGGCCAGUAAGAAGAGCCCCACCCCUGCCCCUGCCGCCGCCCCUGCCCCUGCCCCUGCCAAGCCGGCAGAGGAGUCCUGGGAUGCUGAUUGGUAGAGAGAGAGAGAGAGAGAGAAAGAGGCGUGUGGUGAUUGGCUGUCGCUGAGCCCCUUUUUCGUUUUGUCGUUUGCCGUGAAAGGUGGGCUGGAGUGGUCUCUCGUAAUGACUUAAAAACAAAAAACAACUGUGUCAGAUGUGUGAAAUUGGAUGUGUCCUUUGUUUGUUUGUUGGUGUAAUUGUUCCCUUUUGAUUUACUGAAGUUGAUUCUGUUGCUCCAUUUUGUUUAGUUUGUUUUUGCCCCCAAAAAGUGAAGAGGUGAUUUUAUGAGGGUGUGAUUUGGCAGUGGUUGCAGAUUGCUCCUCCUGGCGGCAUUUUGUUUUGUUUUGAUUUGAUUUGAUUUAGCUCCUCAGAGGUACUGGUAGCAGCAGACUGCUGGAUAAACUGCAUGUAGGCGAUUCCUCCUUUCAACGCUGCAGAUGAUGCUCGAAUCUGGCUGCUGGUGUUUUGAUCAGUUUGUUUUAGAAGCCAGCCACAUGUGGGCCAGUCUCUGCCCUAGUCUGUCAUGCACUUUAAGUCUUUCAUAUAUUCGACUUAAAACGUGUUGUUUAUGGCCUCAAGCCCAUUUUUCUUUAAUCAUCUUUUUCUAGUUCAUUUUUUAACGUUGCGUUUUUGACUGGACCCAACCUUUCUCAAAAUAUUUAGACAUAUUCAUGUUUUUUUGUUGUUAUUUUUGUUUUUUUUUCCAUUCAUUUGAUGUUUCUCAUCUCCGAUUUUGCACCAUCUCGUCACAAGCCUCAUGUAGUUAACACAGAAGGUCAGUUCUGCCCCAUGUCCUGCAGAGACUGUAGGGUUCAUUUGAAGUAUGCUGUGGACUUCAAAAGCAAAUGAGCAAACAACUAGCGACAUCAAAGAGGGGGAGUGGGGGAAAUCUACACACAAUCUACCCCUCCAUGAUCCAUCAGGUCAGACUCUAACAGUCGAUCCCAACCACUGGGACGUCAGUUUUGUUCCGUGGCUGUAGUGGACACCUUUGUGUGUGAGUGUGUGUGUGUGUGUGUGUAUGGCGUGUUGUGAAUUAUGUUUGUGUGUGCGUGUCCAGCUGUGCGUGUAUGAGUGUUGUAUGAUCUUGUGACUAUUUAUCCACUGCAUCAUUUUUUUUGUACCGACUUCCUUUUGAGAACUGAAGAUACAGACACAUGGACCUCAAUAUGCCCUCUCUCCUCCUCAUAAUCGGAUAUGCAUACGCUACUGGAGAAGUAGACGAGACGCCCAUCUCCAUGGCAGUGAUAUUUUCGAACCUCAGUAUUCUGGCCCGAUGAUCAGGGUCAUCAUGGUUGAUGGCUACACUCCCCUGUGUUUUAGAUCUCUGUACAUUACAGAUGUGCUUUUUUUGUCCCAAAAGCGCCAUUGGACAUGUGUUGGUCUAUGUACCAUUACUCUGUCUCGUCUGUCUCCAUAGCAUAGCACUUGGUGUCUAUUCGUUUCUUUGUGCUUUGUGUCCCUUACCAUUGCACAAUGCUCUGCGUCUCAGGUUGAAAUCUCUGAGCCGCGUAUGCAACCAUUCUCGUUUCAUGGAGAGGAAAAAAGUGCCGGCUUGCAUGAUGGGCAUUUGCCCUCAUGAUAUUUUUUUUAUUAUUUUAAAUGGUUAGUGGGGUGAUUCAAGAUGUGUUGUCCCUUUUUGUCAGUACCAUUUUCCCACUCCUUUCUCUUGGAAAAAGCAAACCAAACAUACCUUUCCUGAUGUUUUGAGGUAGGCCUACACAACUGCAGGCUCCAGCUCUUUCCUAACUCACAUGGUGCCCGGGACCUCCCACGGGAUGUGAUGUGUACUCCUCACUGAGAGUGAGCAUGCCUGGUUGGCUUGGUGAUCACUAACUGCCAUGCUGUUUUAAACAUCACCUAUGGAGCAGCCCAGCUCUACUGUAUACACCACCACUGGCUGUGUGCCUCGAGAAGGUGAUUUUAUUAUAGCCAUUCAUUAACCCAGCAAGACAUGGCCCCUGCUACAAAUCAGCUGUUACCAGAAUGGCAAUGACCAAGUCGUAAUGCAUUGCUAUCCCAGUGCACCAUCCUAGUGGUCUACGGUAGUACUAUGAUAGUUGUGUUUUUUCAGUGACUAUUACAGCGUUCCACUGGUGGAUCGACGGGCGUUAAGGGACUACUGGCCGUCCAUUGGUGGACCUAAUGUACGAAUGUGGUGACCUGAGGAAAAUGGUUAAUGUAAACCAGGUAGUUGUGAAUCUGAAAGAAAAGCCGUUGGCCUGCGUCUUUGUUUAGAGAACGAAGCCCUGUGCUCGUUUACUAACAGAUUCACAAAUCUCCAUCUCCAUCUCAGUCUCUUUUGAUGAAUUAAUGCAGGAUUCUUUUUCCUUAACCAUUUCCAUAGUACACUCCCUUUGUCUCAGGCAGACAUGUGUGUCCCUCAGAUGUUUUGCAUCUGUUGUCGGUCAUGGUGUGUAUGAGAGGAGUGCGUUAGCCCACGGUCAUCUGCAUGCUUUGCACCUGGUGGUGAUGCAUGUCUUGUCAAAAGUGGAUACAGUUUGAUUAUAGUGGAAUGAAUGUUUUGGGAGGAGUAAAAAACAAAAAAAUUGACUUUUAACAGCCAAGUGCAUUCCUUGGAAUAUAUUGAAUACUAAAAUGUGGUGCAAUGCUUGUAUUGUGCAUCUUCCCGCACCCCCCUUGUUCGAAAUAUUUAUUGCGGUCUGUCUGUCAUAUAGGGCCUUGAUGAGCUGCUGUUUGUGAAACGUACAACUUGGCUGUUUGUGUGUGCGUGUGCGUGUGCGUGUGCGUGUGCGUGCGCGUGCGUGUGUGUGUGUGUGUGUGUGCGCGUGCGCGUGUGCGUGCCAUGAAUUUCUGAGUGUAGUUGAGAGGUCCUAUUUCUGAAGAAAUCACCAAACUCAUUCAGUCAAUGAGGUGUUAUAAUUUCCUCUCCUCUUAUUUAAACCGUGCUGGUUUUCUUUUAUACUGUCUUUUUUUAUUUUUCUGAAAUAUAUCCCAUAUUUAUAUUAAUAGGUAACGGAAAUAACAUAGAUCAUUGUGAUGUAACUUACUACCAUAACACUGCAGUCUGAGUCUGGGGAAAUCGAAUGCUCUAUUUUCACUUUGUCUUUAACAUGAAAGUCAGAAUAUUUCUAUAUUGUCAGUUAAUCAUGUUUAAAAAAAAAAAAAACAACAACCAGCCGAAGUGUUGUAUGAUGUGUUGACAACUUGCAACCCUGUAAUAAUUUCUCUGUUUGAUUCUAACAUGAUGUCCUCCUGUCAUUGUAAAUUUGAACCAUUUACAUAUCUGGAAACAAAAGCUAUUUUUGGAUGUACAAAACAUGAUGAAAAUUAAUGCGUUUUAAAUUGUACUUAAGUAAGCCUAUGUCAUAUGUUAAGAUAUGUAAAUGUGUUGGUGUGAUGCUGUGUAUCGGUGCGCCCCUCCUAGUCCCACCCACAAUGUUCCCAACACGACCCCCAGUUCCCCCCCCUUCAUCGAGAUCUGCACGCUUUCUACGUGGUAAUAGGCUUGGUGGAACUGAAAACUCCAGUGUGUCUGGGUGUGUGAAACUUUUUCAUUCCGCAAAAGCCUGUCAGAAACUCUGGCUGUACAGGACCGUUAUUGCAGUGUGCGUCACUGAAGUUCAUUCAUUAUAUGUCGUCAGAAAGAAAUAAAGAGAUAUAUGAGCGAUAUCUUUA